UUGCUGCUGGAGGUGCCCGAGGCUCGUGCGAGUGGCUACAAGACAUGCCCCAAGGUGCAACCAGACAUGCUCAACGUGCACUUGGUGGCCCACACACACAAUGACGUGGGCUGGCUCCAGACGGUGGACCAGUACUUUUACCCCAAGCAGAUGAUUUCUCCGUGUGUGGUGAACAUCCUGAACUCAGUGGUGCAAGCCCUGCAAGUCGAGCCCACUCGCCGCUUCAUCUAUGUGGAGAUGGCCUUCUUCUCCCGCUGGUGGCAUCAGCAGACAAAGACAAUGCAGGAGGUUGUGAAGGAGCUGGUGCAGCAGGGGCGCCUGGAAUUUGCCAACGGCGGCUGGGUGAUGAACGAUGAGGCGACCACGCAUUACGGCGCCAUCGUGGACCAAAUGACACUCGGGCUGUGCUUUCUGAAGGACACGUUUGGCGAAGAUGGGCACCCCCACGUGGCCUGGCACAUCGACCCCUUCGGCCACUCACGAGAGCAGGCCUCGCUGUUUGCCCAGAUGGGCUUCGAUGGCAUCUUCUUAGGGCGCGUGGACUACCAGGAUAAGUAUAUGCGAGAGCAAGCACGUGAGAUGGAGCAGGUGUGGCGAGGCAGUGCGAGCCUCCAGCCCCCCGCUGCUGACCUCUUCAUCAGUGUGCUCCCCAACAACUACGACCCACCAAGUGGGUUAUGCUGGGAUAUUCGGUGUCAUAACCCCCCCGUGGUAGAGGACCUUGGCAGCCCCAACUACAAUGCUGACAGAGUGGUGGCACACUUCCUGAAUGUGGCUGCUGACCAGGCCAGGCACUACCGUACCAACAACAUCAUAAUGACAAUGGGUUCGGACUUCCAUUACAAGCAAGCCCAAAAUUGGUUCGAGAACCUGGACAAGCUCAUCCGGCUGGUCAAUGCACAGCAGGCCAACGGGAGCCAAAUCCACGUUCUCUACUCCACCCCCGCCUGUUACCUCCGGGAGCUGAACAAAGCCAACCUCAGCUGGUCGGUGAAACAGGAUGACUUCUUCCCUUAUGCCUACGUCCCCCACAAGUUCUGGACCGGCUUCUUCUCCAGCCGUCCGGCACUCAAACGCUACGAGCGCCUCAGCUACAAUUUCCUGCAGGUGUGCAACCAGCUGGAGGCGGUGACGGGUCCGGUGGCCAACGCAGGACCCUAUGGCGUGGGAGACAGUACGCCCCUCAGGGAGGCGAUGGCCGUGCUCCAGCAUCACGACGCUGUCAGCGGCACCUCCCGGCAGCACGUGGCUGACGACUAUGCGCGCCGGCUCGCCGCAGGAUGGGGCUCCUGUGAGGUGCUCCUGAGCAACGCUCUGGCGCGGCUCACCGGCUCCAAGGAGAGCUUCUCCUUCUGCCGCGAACUCAACGUCAGCGUGUGUCCGGUCAGCCAGACAGCGGCGCGCUUCCAAGUCAUCGUCUACAACCCGCUGGCACGCCAGGUAGAUUGGAUGUUGAGGCUACCGGUCAGCAAAGGCAAUUUUCUUGUGCUGGAUCCUAGUGGACAGACUGUGCCCAGUGAAGUUGUGGACCAGCCAGUCCUCAACAGUACGGAGCACCCCCCAGAGCUGCUAUUCACAGCCUCUGCACCCGCCCUGGGAUUCAGCAUCUACUCUGUGACGCAAGCACCUGAGCAGAACCCUCAGACUGGCUUCUCCUGGUUGAACCCACAGAAGUCACGGUCUUCUGUCCUCGUCAUUGAAAAUGAGCACACCCGGGCUGUGUUCGAUACCCACACGGGGCUCUUAAAGGAGAUUGAGAACCGGGACAAGAAGCUUGUGUUGCCCAUCCGCCAGGCCUUCUUCUGGUAUAAGGCCAGCAAAAACUCAGGAGUCUACAUCUUUGCACCUGAGAAGUUGAAUCCACUGCCCGUUAGUCUCUCAGCUGAGACCCACCUGGUGAAGACAGCCUUGGUGCAGGAGGUACACCAGAAAUUCUCACCCUGGUGUUCCCAAGUGAUUCGCCUGUACCCAGGACAGAGGCACCUGGAGCUGGAGUGGACAGUGGGGCCAAUACCUCCAGGAACUGGUUUUGGAAAGGAAGUCAUCAGCCGCUUUGACACGAUGCUGGAGACACAUGGACGUUUCUACACAGACAGCAAUGGCCGGGAGAUCUUGGAGAGGAGGCGAGAUUAUCGACCUACCUGGAACCUGAACCAGACUGAGCCAGUGGCAGGAAACUACUAUCCGGUCAACAGCCGCAUUUACAUCACGGAUGGGAACAUACAGCUGACAGUGCUGACUGACCGCUCCCAGGGGGGCAGUAGCCUGAGUGAUGGCUCCUUGGAGCUCAUGGUACACAGGAGACUGUGGUCAGUCGACGGAUAUGGUGUAGGUGAGCAGCUGCUGGAGCCAGGCAAGAACCUCAAGGGUCUGUGGGUGCGAGGGCGACACCUCGUGCUACUGGACACGACCCAGGCCGCUGCUGUCGGGCACCGGCUACUAGCAGAAAAGGAGGUCCUGGCCCCGCAAGUGGUGCUCGCCCCCAGCGGCGGCGCCCCCUGGAGCCACCAGGCCACGCCCCGUCCUUUUCUGCAGUUCUCCGCACUGCGCAGGGAGUUGCCGCCUGCAGUGCGCCUGCUCACACUGGCCCGCUGGGGCCGCAGGAAGCUGCUACUACGCCUGGAGCACCAGUUCGCCGUAGGGGAGGAUACAGACGGCAACCUGAGCUCCCCUGUGACCUUGUACUUGAGGAAUCUGUUCUCCACCUUCACCAUCACCCGCCUGAAGGAGACCACGCUAGCGGCCAACCAGCCUCGGGAUCGCGCCUCCAGGCUCCAGUGGACACCAAACACAGAUCCUGCCCUCCAUACCCCCACCUCCUCCCUGGAUUCCACGGCCAUGGCCAUCACGCUGCAGCCUAUGGAGAUCCGCACUUUUCUGGCCUCUGUCAGAUGGAAGCGUUUGCAGAGUCGCCAGGUCGUCCACCUCAGAGCCGGAGCACCCUCCACCAUGGGCUGGGAUGGGAACAUGCAGCUCACAGUGCUGACCUACCGCUCCCAGCAGAGCAGCAGCCUGAGCAAUCGCUCCCUGGAGCUCAUGGUGCACCGAAGGCUGCUGAGAGACGAUGCACGUGGAGUAGGGGAGCAGCUGCAGGAGGCAGACCGGACAGAUAGGGGCCGUGGUUGUGGGACGCUCAUCCACUGCCCGCAGGACCUGUUCUCCACCUUCACCAUCACCCACCUAUUAAAAACCCUGUGGCUGGGAGGCGGCGGCGGGGAAGGAUUCCAGGGUGCGGCCUGCCAGGCAGGUAGGAAGUGCUGGGCCCGGGCCGCAGGGCGGGCUCCUGGGGGCGGGGAGGCAGAGUACCGAGUGGCCCGGCUCUCCCGGGCCCGUGGGCAGGGCGGGCCGGCUGCCUCCUCCUUAAAGCCGGGCAGCCCAGACGCGAGCGUCCCACGCCCGUGCGUCGCUUCGGCAAGUUGGCUCCGGCGAGAGCGACCGGCCCGGCCCGCAGCCCAGCCGCCCUUAGGUGAGGCCGGCCGACGGGGUGGCGGGCGGUGUGGACCGAGACAGCAGCCCGGCAGCCCUCGUCGCCGCGCCGCGCCGCGCCUCCGGGGGAGAGGUCUCCGCCUGCCCUCUUGA